AUGUCGCUUGUGCUUAAAUUAAAAACAUUCACAAUUAUAUUUCGUGUUGUUAUUUCAGAGUAUGUUUUAUUUUGGCUGAAAUCUAUUCACACGUACUGUGCUGAGGACACAUCCGUCAUCAUUGUAGCCACACACAGUGAAAAUGCUACACAGAAGGAAAAAGACGGAUUUUAUGGACAGCUCUUGGAUUUGCUACCUCGAGAUUCGAAUCUUAAGAAACAUUUAAAAUAUGAGAGGUGUUUCUUUGUCAGCUUUCCUUGUGACGAAGGUGAAAAUUUGGAAGUUUUAUCUGAAUUAGAAAACUGCAUUGCUUCUAUUGCCAAAGACAGAAGAUGGAAAGAAAAUAUUCCUAAAGAAUGGUCUAUAAUUGAACUGGCUCUAAUCACAAUGAGAGGUUCAGAAAAAACCGUUUCUAUCGAAGAACUCAAAGAGAAAUACUGGAACGCUAAGAAAAAUGAAAGUUUAAAAAUGGAGGAUGCACUAUGCUUUUUCCACGAUAUUGGAUUGAUUCUUCACUUUCAGGAGGAGAACCUUUCAAAUACUAUAAUUGUUGACGUCCAAUGGUUUGUUGAUACAUUUAAAUUCAUAAUAUCAGACAAAAAUCAUGUCCGAGACUUAGCAGAAACUGACAGAGACUGGCAGUACUUCCACAGGACUGGGUAUCUAAUGGACAAUUUCCUUAGUCGAAUUUGGGAGAGCUUAUCCAUAGACUUUUGGGAAAGGCCGACCAUUUUGCAAUAUAUGCAAAGACUAGGAUUACUGGCGAUGGGGGAAGUAAAACACUACGUCCCAUGUAUGAACAAAAGAGACUUCGGUAGAAAGGAACAGAUAGCCUUACGAGGAAUGGAAACAAAGUCAUCUGUAUUGGUGCUUCAUUUCCAGUUUUUACCGUUCUUUUUUUACUGCCGAUUGAUAGUUGCCUGCAUUGUGGGAACAGAGUGGGAGGUGGUAGAAGAUGAAAGUAUACCAGGCUUGUAUAAAAACAUAGCGAUUUUUGUAUACAAAGACCACCUAAUUGCCUUGGUAGUGACGCAAACUGCAAUUCAAGUCCAGAUUUUGAGACCACAAAACGCACCUAUUGAUGCUAAUAUUGCCGGAAAUAUUAAGGAGACUCUUGAAAAUAGACUUGGAUACUUAACAACCACAUUUCACAAAAAAGUUGCAUAUAGGGUUGCAUUUCAGUGUUCACAUCAAGAUGUUCUUUGCGAUAAUGUGGGGUGCUAUGUAUAUGAAGACGAAAUAUCUGGGAAAGGUCAAAUAUUAUGUCCAAGACAUGGAUUUACAGGAAAACAUAUGAUAAACGAAAACGCUCUGACAAAAUUCUGGAGAAUCGACGCGCCAUCUGUUUCCUGUGCUAAAUCUGCAAAAGUUCCAUUGGCAAAUGAGGAGAAGCUUACAAAGCUUAUAACACUGGGAAGAGAUGCAAUGCAGGCGUAUUUUGAUUCCAUUUUUCCCCCUGAGGAUUUACAAAAAUGCCUCAAGGAUAACAAGGAAUCCCUUUGUAAUGGGCCCUUCAGAUUCACAGCUACUGAAGUUAGGAAUGUUUAUCCUGCUUCCGGGUCAGUUGUAGAUGCCUCUUCCUUUGAUGUCCCAAUCAUGUACAAAUUAUUGAGAAAUUUUGGAAGCAACAUUCCACCGCCAACUAAUGGUUGGGGAAAAGAGCCGACGAUUGGACAGAAAACACAGGGUGACGACAUUGAAAGAAUCCGCAAGUACAGGAAUCAGCUUUGUCAUAAUCUUUUUAAAACACAAAGCAUGGAUGACGAAGAUUAUACCCUUUACUCUGAAGAACUGACCCAGGCAAUACUGAGACUCACAAAAGGAUCUUUUAAAAGUAGAAUUUACACCAUUUGCCAAUAGAUUACGUACAGACGUAAAGAAUCAACAAUACAGAAAGAAAAAGAAGAUAUUGAGAGACAAUGACCAGGUGUUACACGACUUGCCUCUAAUGUAAUAAACAUAUAAAAAAUCUUUAAAGCUUUUAUUUGGUAUCACA